AUGCAACAACCACCACAACAAGAACGUUCGCCAACAGAAUUUCUAAGUAAUGUUAUUGGUAGACCUGUCGUUGUCAAGUUGAAUUCCGGAGUGGAUUAUCGAGGUAUUUUUGGCUUUUUUACAAGUGUCUUGAGAAUUCUAUCGUGUCUGGAUGGUUAUAUGAAUAUUGCCCUUGAACAAACAGAAGAAUGGGUUAACGGCCAGCUGAAAAAUAAAUAUGGAGAUGCAUUUAUUCGUGGAAAUAAUGUAUUAUACAUCAGUGCCGAUAAAGCCAGAAAACGGGAACCAUUAAAUAUCCAAUGA